CAGGAAUAUAUAAGUAGCUUUUAUCCAACCAGAUACAGUGGGAUUUUAAUAGUUUUUAUAAAUUAUUUUCUUAUAUAUUCGGUUUAGAGUGGACCUUUAACAAUUCCCAAAGCUUUGACCAAAAACACCAUAUAGACGCAAUUCGUAACUCGUGUUCGACGACAGAAAGAGGCGGCGACGGCGGAGAGUGAACGUCACAGCACGGCGGAGGAUGGGCGAUCUACUCGAUUGGAUCAUCUCGUUCCUAUUCCUCGUUACCCUUCUCAUCAUCGUUAUUUACCAGCUGACAUGUUUGGCGGAUCUCGAAGCUGAUCACAUAAACCCUUACGAUUCAUCUACCAAAAUAAACCGAGUUGUUCUACCGGAAUUCGGUUUGCAAGGACUUCUUUGCUUAUAUUAUGUCUUAACCGCGCAUUGGUUCAUGGCGGUUUUGUCUCUUCCUCACCUUUUCUACAACAUUAGACUAUACAUGAACAAGGAACAUUUGGCGGACGUGACAGAGAUGCACAAUACAAAUAAAUGGGAGCAAAAGAAACGAGUUUACAAGAUUGCUCAUAUCUCUCUCUGCAUUUUCAUCACAUCGUAUUGGUUGAUACACUCGGCACUGGGAGACAUCUAGGGUUGGAGAAAUCAUCGGAAUUUCAUAUAUUUUUGUUUUUACAAUUUUAAGAACGGAUUCGUAAUGGAUUUUGUUGACUACGCCAAAAAUCUGUAUGUAGUUCAUCUUCUUAUGACUUUUGUUCCUUUUGGCAUUCCUUUUAGUUAACGACAAACGAUGAUUAAUGAUCUAUUUUUGAAUUUGAGGGAAAUUCAUUGUGGACUAUAUUCAUUUAGUUUUUUUUUUUAAAAAAAAUUUGUUAAGUUUUACUUUAUUCACGAACUUGUUG